AUGAAGCAAAAAUCUCUUUCUCAGAAAAUGGAAGUGACUGAACAAAUCUCUGUGAAGGAAGAAGCACCUCCAAAGCAGACUACCCUCGACAGCUACAGCCUCUUGGACAACACCGGAAGAGAGCCGCCCGAGACUGCCAGCAUGUGGCGAGCGGGUAAUAAAGCGCGGAUCCCGCUCCUCAGCCUGUGCUGCCUGAUCAUCAUGUUGGCAAUGCUCGUCGCCAUGGUCGUGAUUCUGCUCGUUUCUGACGGUCAAGAUGUUGAAUCUUGGAGCGCCGCCACUAUGAGCAUCGGCGGCCAUUCACACUAUUGGCAGGUUAGCGUCAGUGCCUGGCUUGCUCUUGCCAAUUUCCUCCUUUCCAAGAGCCUUGCCGUUAUGUUUGCAGAAGCCGUUGCUGUUUCCUGGUGGGUGGACGCCAUCCGGGGCCAGACCUUACAAAAACUACAUUUCCGAUGGGCGGUCGGCAAUUCUAUACAUACAGUGGCUUUACAUUGGAGGCUCUGGGGUUGGAUAUGCGUUGGGAGUCUGGCAUUUACAAUAUUUGCCGGGCUGGAAGUGGUGCUACAGCAAGCCAGUUCUUCAACAACAGUCUUGUCGCUGAUCCAUCGGAAUAUGACCUCAGAGCUCGCCACUGCUCUUCCCGCUGGCUUUUCGGGGGUCGUUGCGGCAGUUGGACACGACACCUUCGGCGUGGUUUAUUUCACGCCGCCCUUUAUCCAAGUGCUUCAAGACUACAAGAUCCAGUCACCUGUCUCCCUCGACUUAAAAGGAUGUGACUCUACCUCGAACGUUUCAUGCACCACGCGGCUACCCGGAAUAGGCUUUCAGUAUACCUGCAAUGCGACUCGGAGCUCGCUGCUCAACCCCCUUUCGGUGGAUUCGUCUGGUACCGUUCACCAGCCCAACAACACAGUCUUUCAGAUUGAUGCUACCACUGGGAUUUAUUGGGAAAUUGGUCUCAACGCCCUCUGGCAGGACAAGAGGGGUUAUAUAGGCGAGACCAUCACGAACCGACAUUGCAUCCUGGUACCGGCCUUGGUGGAGUACCCGGUCAACGUCUCGCAGGGUGUAGCAACUUUACAGGCACCCACGUCUCCUGUAGAGUGGACAAUUCCUCCCUCGAAUCCCGACGAUGCAGAUCUUCUGGUCGACAAAGUCCUGAAAGUACUUCCUAUCCCAGACCAUGACACCGAACUGAUUCACAUCUGGGUCAAUGAGGACGACCCCAAUGCUGGGCAACACAGCACGCUGGGAGGUGUAGGGCUCGCGUUUUCCAGCCUUUUCGGCUCGAGCAUCAUUAUCAAGAGCGACGUCACCAACUUCGGCUCUGAUGUUGCGGUGUCAGGAUCCUUCGCAGCGCCCUACGCCGUCUUCGAACACGGUACAUCCAGCAUUGAUUACGCAUUGAACAACACGUACACAUCCCCGAUGAACGCGUUGCUGUCGAACAUCAGGGACAUAAUGUUCCGCAGCUCCGUCAUGAUCGCCACGCAAAAGGUGGGCGAUUACAAGUUCCCGAACUCGUCGGCGUUGGACGUUCAGACAUCGAAUGUGCCGGUGGACAAUGUCACCAGUCUGGGCGAAUACCGGGUGUACCACACCGUCUACAAGACGAACAGAACUAUCCUCGGCGUCGCAGUCGGGCUCAUGCUGCUGGCCAUCCUGGCCGUUCUGCCUCUGUACGACGGCUACUGGCUACUCGGCAGGAAGAUAAGCCUGUCGCCCUUCGAGGUGGCCAAGGCCUUGCACUACUCGACCAUUGUCGACGACCGAACAGGCACAAGGCAACCCUACAGUGUCCUCGACGUGGAUGGCGGGCCGGACCGGAUGCCACAGUCCGGCUCGAACCUCUCCUCCGACGAACUUGUGAAGGCCCUGGGGGCCAGGAAGGUGCGAUACGGCGAGGUGGCGCCCAAUAUCCUCGGAGUGGGCUUGGUUGAGUAUACAGAGCCGCCCAGGGCGGGAAGGCUUUACGAUUGA